AUGGAGGCGAUCGCAUCCCAGUUCAACAUCGAUACUACUACACUCUCCCUAUGUCGUUCAGGAGUGGCUGAGUUCAUCUUGUCAGGGAUUGAGGAAGCUACAGUGGCUAGGAUGGCUAACAACAAUGGCAUGCCGGCGAGCUCUACCACUCUACGCCUACAUUGUCGCCGCUGGUCGAGGCAGGCACACGCCUCGGCAGCAACCCUCCAGUCCCUCGUCGACGUUGAGUUACGGGGCGUUCUGGCUCACACAUGGGAGGUUUCCACGGUGGAGAAUUUACUGAACCCUUACGGCUGGGUCGAGAAAAUCCAUCCGGCGACUCGAUUAAGAGAAGACUACUCCGUCUUUCGCUGUUCGGCCUGGUGUUUCCGUCCGGAGUGGAUCCCCUCUGCUCGAGAGCUUCAUGUUGUGGAACCGUCGUCCACCGUGGCCGAAAUUCCACCUGUCAAGCGGACGCUGGUGUAUCCCAUCUCUGGCCGUUGGGAGUACACCACAUCCAGGGCUGGACAACAACGACUCCCCUCCUCCCGCUCCCAUGGCCGGGUGGGGGCAGCCGCUUCUGGUGCGCAACACGAGGCAGUCGACAUUGAGGUGUGCGAGACAACACGAGGCGACGCUGCACCACACCCCAGGCCCUCUGAUUUGGUGAUCAUUGAUGACCCAGCAGUUCAAGAGACUACUGCACCUCCCAAGGUGUCUUCCAAGCCGCAAGAUGUGCAAACGGGUUCCUUCACUUUCGAUUCAAAUUUAUCUGUGAAAGAGGUGCUGUUAGCCUCACCUCAAGGCAUGUUGGCCCAGGCUAUGGGCUCUGGAAAUCCUCAUGAAGAUGUACCUUCUGUGGUCUCCCUGACCCUGGUGCAUUUCGAGAUGACAGAAACUCCGGCGCCAUCUUCCGAUAGGUCUGUGGAGGCCCACAUUUCAGCCUUCAUCGCCAUGGGAGAAGCUUCUGUUGCUGCCGCUACCGCCGAUGUUCCCCUGCAGGCAGCAGAUCCUACGUUUGCUGUGGAGAUGACACUUUCAGUAGAAGAUCAUCUGGGGCCGGUUGAGCUGGGGCCUCCCGUCCCAUUUGAGGCCGUCAUUCCUGCCCUUGUCAUCGAUGACACAGAAAAUUCCACGGACCAACUUUGCAAUUCUGCUCCAGCUGCUGAUCUCAUUGGGCUGGUUGAGCUGACGCCUCCUGCCCAGGUCGAGGCUAUCGCUCCCAGGUCCACUACAGAGGUCGAGCCACCUGAGCACCCAUCCUCGUCAAUCACAUGGCUCCCUGCAGAUGAAGUUUUGCCGACUGAGCCAACAAUUGGGACCGAGCACCUUGAACCCGGCCUACCUCUGCUUGUUUACUCUCUCGAUGACCCCGAGCUCAGGCCUCGCCAGUAUCACAGCCGCCGUCCCCAACAGCUUCAUUUGUUGACAAAAUAUCCAAGCUGCUGCAGCAUGUGCUUCCCACCCCAAGGGCACAGAAGUCUGGCAACUGAAAUCUCUGACCACUGUCCACUUGUGCUUGGCCUCACGGAGGGAAUUCAUGGCAAGCGGAGAUUCCAUUUUGAGAGUUUUUGGACUAAACUCCCAGGAUUUCAUGAUGCGGUCGCGGCUUCUUGGAGUGAGCCAAUCUCCGCCACGUGCGCCAUAGAGCGCGUCUCACUCAAGCUCAACGCCUCACCCGUGCUCUCCAAUCUUGGAGUCAACGACAAGUUGGCCAUAUCAAAACUGAACACGCACUGGCCCGUGAAAUUCUCCACCGACUGGAGAUUGCCCAGGAUCAACGGCAACUAA